AUGUCUGAUGAGGAGCUGCUGCGCUGGGGCUGGGUAGCAUCAGAAGACAUUGACAAGAAGACUGUGCGCAGAGAGCCUCUCAUGGUCAUUCUGUACGGCCUGGGUUACUAUGCAAGAGAUGCCCUGGCCGCGUUGAACCAGAUAUUGCAGGACAGCAACUUCAAACAGUCCAUCCAGGAAAUGAUGCCAGAAGAGGUGUGGGACAGCUCAGUCCCGCUGGCAAUUGCAAUGGCGGCUGAGCGCAAGAAGGGCGACCAGUCUGAGUUCUGGCCCCACCUGCGCCUGCUGCCUGCAGAGCCACAAGCGCUCUGGCUCAAGACCCCAGCAGAACAAUCUGCCAUCUAUGACGACCUGGGGUCUGUCUUUGAUUGGUGUAUUGAUAUGCCAUUCGUCGUUUCAAAGAGGCCCUACAAGCUGACAUGGGAUGAGGAAAGGAUCCUUGAAGACAAGUUAAACGCUCUGGCCGAGACCGACCCUGGACAUCCCCUCAUUGUAAAGUACUGGCUGCCCGAGAAGAUGAAGCGGGAGUGCUUUCGAGGUGAGUGGCCCGAUGAUCUGUCCGAUGAGGACCUGCUGCGGAGCUGGAUCACUGACAAUGGAGGCUAUGUGCACCCUGACCUGCACCUGACACAGUCUCCCAACUGCCAGGGAAGGGGUUGGGUGGCUGGGAAGCUGAUUGACUUGGAGACUGUCUCCACUGAGCCGCUCAUAGUCAUCCCUUUGGGGCUGCGGCUGCAGGCAGCAGACGCUGUUGUAAUGCUGCAGCAGGUGAUGGUUGAUGUCGGCUGGAAAGGGAGACUGGAGGACGUGCCCAAUGCCAAGUACUACCUUGAAGGAGAGAUCCCUCUUGCGGUCUGCCUUGCUCAUGAGCGCAAGAAAGGAAGGCAGUCACCCUUCUACCCCUUCAUGAACCUCCUGCCCAAGACGGCCCCAUCCUUAUGGCUCAAGAGCAAGGCAACCGCCAGGCAGCACCUGGCAACUCUGGGCCUUACACCCAGUCAGAUGGCGAUCGUUCAUGGGCAGAUAUUUGAGGUUGACAAGAAGGAGUACGUGCCAGCAAUCCGGCAAUUCUUGGCCUCCACUCCUUUUGGUGCGGCUCUGGGAGUGACUGAGGCUGAUGUCCAGUGGGGACUGUCCCAGGGCAGCUGGCCCAAGGAUGUGUCAGAUGAGAACCUGCUGCGAUCCUGGAUCACUGACAACGGAGGCUAUGUGCACGCUGACCUGCACCCGACACAGUCUCCCACCAGGGCAGGGGACGAGCUGCUGGUUGUCUACCCCCCAGGAAUCCGGCGGGCUCCACAUCCGAGCGUGAGAUUGAGGACUGCAUCGUUUACUUUGGAUGCGCCUUGGAGCCUUGCUGAAAAGGAGCCGCCUUUCGCGACGAUGGCGUACAGUGUGAUCGGAGAGAAGAUAGAGGCAGAGGGCCGCCUUUCAGCUACAGGGAUCCGGCAGAUGCAACCCCUGGAGUGCAUCAACCCGAGAUGCCCCAAGGAUCCGGCCUAUGACACCAAGCAGAUGCACGGCAGUGGGUUGCAAUGCCCCCUACUGCAGCCGCGCAUGCCAGAAGACAGAGAGGAGGAGGAAGAGCCCAACGCUGUGCACGCUCUCCCCAUUGAGCUCUGGGAGAAGAUUGCUGGCAUGAUGCAGACCGAGGAAUGGGCACGCUGUAGUGGCACAUGCAGGGCCACAUGGUCGGUUCAAUUGAAGCGCAUCAGAGUGCAAGAACGGCCACUCGUGGCCAUGCUCCGGCCUGGGUCAGUCCUGCGGUGGGUGGUGCGCCACUGGCAAGCAGCCCAGACGAUCAGCAUGGAUGUCAGGCACAGUGAUCCGAUGCCAGAACUAGCAGCCGAUCAGCAUCACAGCACCAUGCUGCCGGUCAGGGAGCUUAACCUGCGCCUUCACAACCACAGCAAAACAUGGAGCACAUGGAUACAAGCCGUGCUGUCACACGCUCCGCAGCUGGACUACUUGUCACUAACCAUCACAGAGUGCCCGCUGCUCCCAGCAAUGCCGCAGCUGCAGCAUUUGCUUUUGUCAGCCAGGUACAGAAACGAGCAGCAGUGGCGGUCGCUGGAGCAGCUGACAGCCCUGCGCACGCUCCAACUAAACACCCCGAUCCACUUUGGCAUCCAAGAGGAUGUGGUUGUCCUCCCUGCAGCCGUCCAGCAACUCUCCCUGACUGGGAUCCUGCCACUGGCAGUGCAGCUGAGCGCAACGGCUGCCAGACAGCCUGUCUUCCACAUAGAUGCCACUGCGAUCGAAAUUCGGGAAACUGCCGCCCGCUGGCCCAUGAAUGUUCGCAGCCGCAUCAAGAGCGUUGGCAUCCGAGCAGAAGCGUAUGAGCUUGAGCAGGCGGUGAAUGCCCCAAUUUGGAACGGGCUGCCAGCACUGCUCCAGCUUCAGAUUAGCCCACCAGCUCACAUCGGAAUCUCGCUGCACUUCUGGCAGCCAGUCCACUUCCAUCAGCUGACUACUCUUGUCGUUGUGGUGAGCACAAUCUUUUCUCUGUGA